AUGGUUAUUAUAGCAUCCUUACUGGUCCCUAAGCUUACCCUCCAGAUAUUCCCCAAACGGCAGCCCCUAGCGAUCCUCUUGAGCCCCCACACACCUAGAAAGAGAAACAAAUACAAAUCAGAUUUGAUUAAUCAUUCAACAAGUUACAUAAGAACAAAAACCUAUGAAUGUAAUAUAUGUGAAAAAGUCUUCAAACAACCCAUUCACCUUACCGAACACAUGAGAAUUCAUACUGGUGAGAAACCUUUCAGGUGUAAGGAAUGUGGAAGGGCCUUUAGUCAAAGUGCAUCCUUUACCACACACCAGAGAAUCCAUACUGGUGAGAAACCCUUUGAAUGUGAAGAAUGCGGCAAAGCCUUCAGACAUCGCUCAUCUCUCAAUCAACAUCACAGAACUCACACCAGGGAGAAACCCUACGUAUGUGAUAAAUGUCAGAAAGCUUUCAGCCAGAACAUUAGCUUGAUCCAACAUUUGAGAACUCAUUCUGGAGAGAAACCUUUUACAUACAAUGAAUGUGGGAAAACCUUUAGACAGAUUAGACACCUUAGUGAACAUAUAAGAAUUCAUACCAGGGAGAAGCCCUAUGCAUGCAUUGCCUGUUGUAAAACCUUUAGUCAUAGAGCAUAUCUAACACAUCACCAGAGAAUCCAUACUGGGGAGAGACCCUACAAAUGUAAGGAAUGUGGAAAAGCCUUUAGGCAGAGGAUUCACCUUAGCAAUCAUAAAACUGUUCAUACAGGAGUGAAAGCAUAUGAAUGCAACCACUGUGGAAAAGCCUACAGGCAUGAUUCAUCCUUUAAGAAACAUCAGAGACAUCACACAGGAGAAAAACCUUAUGAAUGUAAUGAACGUGGAAAAGCCUUCAGCUAUAAUUCAUCACUUACUCGACACCAUAAAAUACACAGGAGAAAUGCCUUCCAAAAUAAUGCCUAA